GUCACGCUCAGUCGACUCAAUGCGCCGUGCUUGAGCGGUGCCGCGGUCGUAUGAAACACUUCAACGCGCGCAUCGCGCACCGCCGCCACAAGCCACCCACGGGGAGUCACUCGACCCACAUCUGUCUCGCGCACACUGCACUUUUGUUCUACGGCGGACGAUAAGUACCGGACAUAUGACCCGUGCAGCCUCGGGUCCAGAUCUGACUGCUCCUGAGCAUAGAGCCUGAUUACAUCUAGCUUCCAACCCACCUACUGGACUUGCCUUCAACGUUCAACGAUGGCCUCAAACGACCGCAAUGGUACCCCCUCGGGACCUGCGGCUAGCGUGCUUAAGCGGUACAAGCAUCCAUUCACCGGAAACGGAGACUGGCAAUAUUACGCUUCAAAGGACGAUGACCCUACGGAGAAGGACACGCCGCGCACACUCGCCGAGUUGCGCAUGUGCGCUCUGAGCGCGGCGAUACGCCAGAAGCCUGAGUGGUGGGUUAAGUUCCGGGACGAAGAGGUGCAGGCAAAGUGGACAGAGGAGAUCAAGGAGCAGCAGAAAGAUAUGCAUCGGAGCUUGCAGCUCACUGACAACAUGAUACAUUACAUACUGGGCGAGCUUGACGCGUAUGCAGCCCUGCGGGAUCCGGAGACAGGCGUUGAGCCCGGUCCCUAUGAGAGAAUCUGGCAGUCCGAUCAACUAGUGCCUGCGUCCCUGAAGGCGAGUCUCGUUUCAGCAGUCGCACCUCUCGAUCUCGACCUCGUCCACCCAUCGCUCUACCCUGUGGUCUACGGGCGUACCACGACACGCGGCUUUGAGGAGACCCUCCAGCCCCGCGCGACGGACGUCGCUGCUAUGUUCCGAUCGGAACGCUUCCAGUGGCUCCCUUCGGAUUUCCACGUCGAGGAGGAUGGCACAGUGAAGCUGGCCUCGCCAUACAUCAACAACAUCCACCCAGAAGACCACAAGGCGCUCACCGAGCUCCCUACGCGCCUUGACCUGAAGGGGCGUAAGUUCCCGGGUUGCGUCUGGCCGAAUGGCCACGAGCCUUACUUGGAUGAGGACACAAGGCUGCGCUUCAUCGCAGAGCACGACCGUCUUCGAGCUGAGGACCGCAAGGUGUGGGAAGCCGGCAGGGAUAAGUUCUUGGACGACGAGUGGGAUGUUUUCCUGGCUACUUGUCCCAGCGAAGACGAGAAGUGGGUGGAGCCGCCGUACUCGGAGUUCAAGGAAGUCAACUAUUUCGUAAAACUCCUGGAUGAGUGGUUGGGUGCACAGGCAGAACAUCUGUGGCCGGAUAGCAAGCCGAGCUACGAUGGUGGACUGGAUGGAGUGAAGAAGACAGUUGAUUUGCGAGGGAAAACGCUCCAUGUCAUCGUGAAGUUGGCUAACAUAGUCCUGACACCCGAGAAGCCAGAGUAUAGCGGUGGGACAUGGCAUGUAGAAGGGAUGGACAAUGAGGCGAUAGUGUCUACGUUCAUAUAUUACUAUGACACAGAAAACAUCACCGACUCGACCCUGUCUUUCCGCAACGCAGUUAACGAGCCGCGCUAUCAUGCACAAUUCGACUACUACUGCAUGCAGCAUCUAUACAACAUCAACGUUGACCAGAUUUGCGUGCAAACCGUCGGCCAAGUCACAACCAAGCAAGACCGGUGUAUCGCCUUCCCGAACAUCUACCACACCUCGUCUCGCCUUCCGCCUCGUAGACCCCACCAAGCCAGGCCACCGCAGAUCCUCGUCUUCUUCCUUGUCGACCCGAACAUCACCUUCCUGGAGAGCACGAACCUCUGGUGGAGGCUCCCAUUCGAGCUGCAAGAGAUGGUUUGGGAGCGGCUGGAUCUGUUGACAGAGGAACAGGCGAAACAGUAUCGGGAGGAGCUCAUGAAGGAGCGCACGCUGAUCGUGAAGACAGUGGAUGAACAGAGGUUCGGGCAAACGUUCAAUCUGUGUGAGCAUUGAGUCGAUGAGGGCUUGGUGCAGUCAGCAAGAUCGUGCUAGGGCAAGUGCGACAUGAAGGGGUGGCAUUUAACUGGCAUUCCGCUCCGUAGGUCCUCUUCGCGUACGCUAAAGCGUCGAGUAAGAUCGGUCCAUAUCAUGAUGUACUCGCUGUUGUGUACCCACAUCUGUUGGAUGCUAAGUAACAUGCCUAAUGCGCAAUGUCACUGUCUGUGCUGCAGGCCGUCGUAAUUUGACGCAUCUGAGCCAGUCAAAACCGAUUCGACGU